AUGCAAUUUGCUCCUGAUAACCAAAUAGGUAAAGAGUUACAACAAAACUUGAUUCAAGAAAUACAAAGACGUUUCAAUAAAGCGGCUGAUGAUGCGGUAGACAUUGCUGACUAUAUCAUCUACUUGAUUGUGGCAAAAAAGAGCGAACAAGAAAUAGUCGCAGAGGUCAAAGAUAUUGCUGAUAUAUCUAUUGAUGUUGGAUUUAUUGGGGAUGUUCAUCUGGAAAUCAAAAAAUUAGAAGAAAAAUAUAAUCAACCUCUGGCUAGUGCUGUGGAGGAAACUCCUCAACCCCCGCAACAUCCACAGCAAUCACAAGCUUCUGUGGUGGCUCCCCAAGUUCCUACUGGUCCUAAGAAGCAAUUAACCGAAGAAGAGAGGAUCGCCCUUCGAAAUCAGCGAUUUGGAACUACCCCCAGGGUGAGUGGACGUGGUGGACGCGGUGGUAUAACAAAAACCAGAACCGAUUUCAGAAAUGGACACAGUAAUAAGAACUUCCUAGACCCUAAAAAGUUGGAACAAAUAAUCUCUGGAACUAAUAAUGGGGCUAUUAAGUUUGUACCACUCCCACCAAAAGGUAGGUGUCCAGAUUUUCCAUAUUGUAAGAAUCAGAAUUGUCAAAAAGCUCAUCCAACUAAGAAUUGCUUCAAUUAUCCAAAUUGUCCCAAUCCAUCAGGAACAUGUAAUUACUUACAUCCAGAUCAAGAUCAAGAGCUAAUCGCUAAAUUGGAAACAACUAAAAAAGAAUUUGAAGAGAAGAGAAAGAAUCAGCUUAUGGUUAAACAAGGCUCCUGUAAAUAUGGUUUGAAAUGUGCUAAAGAGAACUGUCCAUUUGCUCACCCAACACCAGCCAACCCUGAAUCCGGCAAGAUUGAAACUUUGGAAUGGUGUUCACAAGGUAAAAAUUGUCAAGAUAGAGAUUGCACUAAAUCACAUCCACCUCCACCAACCGCAAAUUCAGAAAAUUUAUUAUCUGCUGUUGACUUGGCCUUGGAACAAUGUAAAUUUGGAUCACAAUGUACUAAUGUCAAAUGCCCAAGAAGGCACGCGACUUCGACUGUACCAUGUCGUUCUGGUGCUGAAUGUAGAAGAGUUGAUUGUACAUUUGCCCAUCCAUUGAAAGAGCCAUGUCGUUUUGGUAUAAAAUGUACAAAUAAAGUGUGCAUGUAUCAACAUCCCGAAGGGAGAACUAUUACUUCUCACACCUGGACCAAGGAUGCUGCUGAGAGUAAUAACAAUACUUCAAACCGAUCAUUUGCUGUUUCUGAAGAUCAGAUUAUGGAACAAGUUGCUCAAUAA